UUUUUUUUGUUGUUGUUUAAGCUGCAGGCAAGAUGGCAGCUUCCAGGCCGCUGAUUGCUGUUCGAGGAUCAAGAGGAGUGGCGUUUUAUGAAGGACAGCAAGAUUAUUCCGAGCUCAGUGGAUUUCAGAGAGACACCACACGAUCCUGCAGAGUUAUUGCCUUCAGCAAGGAUGGGAAACUUUUUGCUUGGAGUAAUGAGGAGAAAGUACAGGUUGUUGCUCUACCAUCAUUCGAAAAAGUGCUUGAAGUUCCCAAGCCAAAGACAUUGUAUCUGGAGUUCUCGCCAAAGGGAAGUAUCUUGUGCACAUGGGAGCAGUACACAGGCUCCAAGGACUCUCAAGAGCAGCCUAACAUGUUUGUUUACGAUAUCAAGACCAAAAAGUGCCUUCGAUCCUUCGUGCAGAAGAAACAAAGUUCAUGGCAGCCCCAGUGGACUGAUGAUGAGAGCAUUUGUGCACGGAGCAUGAACAAUGAGGUUCACAUCUUUGAAAGCAACAAUUUUGAAACCUUCAGCCACAAGAUCCAUCUUCAGAAGCUUGCAGAAUUUAGCCUGGCUCCUGGUGACAAGCCCCACCAUAUCGCAUGCCAUGUUCCUGGCACAAAGGGCCAGCCAUCCUUUGUAAGGGCAUUCAGGCAUCCAAGCUAUGACGGUCCAAAUGCAGGCAUUGCAAACAAGAGUUUUUACAAGUCAGAUAAGGUGGACUUCUUUUGGAACAAGAAAGGCACUGGCCUGCUGCUGCUGACGAGCACUGAUGUGGACAAGACAGGAGCUUCUUACUACGGUGACCAGGGGUUGCAUUUCCUACGAACUAAUGGAGACACGGCCAUGGUGAAGCGAGGCAAAGAUGGACCUGUGUACAGUGUGGAGUGGAGCCCUGAGUGUGACCACUUUUGUGUUGUUUAUGGAUUCAUGCCUGCAAAAGCCACUCUCUUCAACCUCAACUGUGAUCCUGUGUUUGACAUGGGUACUGGCCCAAGGAACAGCAUCUACUACAAUGUGCAAGGAACCCUCCUCAUCCUCGCCGGCUUUGGGAACUUGAGGGGCAAUGUUGAAGUGUGGGACGUUAAGGGCCGCAAGCAGGUGUCCAGGAGCCAAGCUUCUGACUCUACGCAACUAUGCUGGUGUGCAGAUGGUGAGCACUACCUGACAGCCACAACUGCUCCUCGUUUGAGGGUGGGAAACGGAUACAAAGUGUGGCAUUACUCAGGCAGCUUGCAGCAUGAGAACAUCUGCUGCGAAGGGGAAGAGCUUUGGGAUGUGUUAUGGCAGCCCUGUCCUGCUGACUCAUUCCCUGCCAAGCCCAUUUCUUACAAGCAAGUUGGUGGCAUACAGUCAUCACAGCCACAAGCAUCAAAGCAGGUGUACCGUCCACCAGGAGCCAGGGGUCAGCCUUCCUCCUUCAAGGUGAAAGAAGAUGAAAGCUCAUCCACUGAUAAGGCUGCAGAGCCCAAAUCCAAGACAGCCAUAAAGAACCAGAAGAGGAAAGAAGCCAAGAAGGCAAAAAAGGAGAAUGCUCAGCCAGGUGAGCUCACUGAGAAAGCCUCAGCUAUACAGACAGUUGUUGAAGUCAUGGGACAGAAUAAUUCUCUGCAAGAGACAGAGGAAGUGUCCAGAGAAAAGAAGAUUCGAAACUUGAAAAAGAAACUGGGCCAAAUUGUUAUGCUGAAAGAAGAGCUGCAAGCAGGAAAGAAGCUAGAAGCAAACCAGCUUGAGAAGAUAAAGAGGGAGCAAGAACUUCUCGAUGAAUUGGAAGCCUUAGAACUGCAUUGACUAUGAACUGAUUGUUAAGAAGUGGAUCUGAGUGUGAAAAAAACACAUAUGCAAGAAGAAAUACAGUGAAGACAAGCACUCAUAUUUCUUCUUUUGCUUGUGCAUUUUUUUUCUUGGAUCCCUUUUUCAGCAAUGUUUAACCGACUCUCGCAACAACUUCUACCGAAGUAUAAAAUAAAAACCUGCGAUUUUUGUUUGGCUUUCA